AUGAUGCCUAUAUUUCUAGGUAGUGCUUUAGCAUAUCCACAUGUAAAUGAUAUAUCUGUAAUUGUAUUAAUCUUAACUAGUUUAUCAGCGUUAUGUGUCCAUGCUGCUGGUAAUUUAUUUAAUACAUAUUAUGAUUUCAAAUAUGGUGUCGACAGAAAAGUAAACAAAAAAACAGAAGAGAAUGAUAUAAUAAUUGGUGAAGAUCGUACGUUGACCGAAGGUUUAUUAAAACCGGAUGACGUUGUGCGGUUGGGUUUAGCAUUGUAUAGCAUAGGAACAUUUUCGUUUUUGAUAUUAACUCACUUCUCAUUAGCACGAGAGCCAUAUUUGGCAUUAAUCUUUUUUGGAGCGUUACCUCUAUCAUUCUUAUAUACUGGUGGAAUUGGUUUUAAAUACAUAGCAAUGGGUGAUCUUCUAAUUUUAUUAACAUUUGGCCCGAUAACUGUGUUAUACUCAUUUAUUUCUCAAGCUGGUCAUUACAGUCCUUAUCCCGUGUUAUACGCAUUACCACUUACGCUCAAUACAGAAGCUAUUUUACAUUCAAACAACACACGUGAUAUGUUACACGAUCGUUCUGUUGGUAUUUUGACGUUAUCUUUAUUGAUUGGUAAAACGUUUUCUUAUUAUUUUUAUUGUGUACUCAUCUAUGUACCUUAUCUAAUGAUCGCAUUUAUAAUGUUUAAAGUUUCAUGGAUGUGUUUUUUGCCUUUAUUGACAAUCGGUUAUGCGCGAGAGUUAUGCGAAGAAUUUAGAACAAAUCAGCUGCAUAAAUUACCAAAUCGUACCGCACAAUUAAAUUUUCUAUUAGGUUCAUUGUAUAUUUUGUCUAUUAUAGUGACAAACACUGUUAGAGGAAAACAACAAUUUUUAUAA